CUCUACGUUCCUGUGUUCCAGCCCACAACUCAUCUUUUGCUCCAGAAUGGCAAGCAAAGACAGAAGAAUGUGAUCGCCGUGCAGCUAUGAGGACGCAAGCUGCUACGGCAUUGUACAACUCGCACGCCAGACCAUUACAGCCACUGCAGAUUGGAUCGCAAGUCCGAAUACAAGAUCCUGUCUCCAAGCGAUGGAAUAAAGUAGCUGUAGUUAUGGGACUUGGCCGGAGCCGCGACUACCUUCUCCGGACGCCUUCGGAACGAGUGCUUUGGAGAAAUCGUCGGUUCCUUCACGUUGUGCCCCUUCCACCCCGUGUACCUGUGGAGGACAAGUGUGAGGAUGUCCCUGACCGCCCAUCCCGAGAUUCUCCUUGCCCACGUAAACGUCGUCAACCCAGAAGUUAUGGCGCCAGACGACGUUCUCAACGUAUUGCUGCCCGUACAUAGGCUUAUGAACGUGAGGAGGGGGGGAGAUGUGUGUAUAUAUGUGUAUCAUAUCA